AUGGCUUCCAACAACACCAAGUCCUCCACUACAACCUCCACCAAGACCUUCGAUGAUGCCUCAUCAACGUAUUCCUCUGCCUCCACAUCCACUAUUGUAAAAGAGAAGGAGGAGGCCAAGCGCAAGUGGCUCUCCAAGAACAAAAGCGAAAGCAACGCUGGUUCGAAGUACAAGGACGCAGCCCUCCAUUACCGAGCCAUGGCUGAGUACAUGGCUUUUCGGUGA